GCAACCAUAAUUAGUUUUUAUGUGAAAAACCAACGAAACAUAAGCCGCGGCCCACAACAACUACAUUCCAGAAACAGUUCCACAAUCAGUUCCAAUUGCAGUUUCAGCUGAGCGCUCUUUAGCCAUGGAUGAGAUGCCAGAUUUGUCGCAUCUGACGCCGCACGAGCGCAUGCAAAUUGAGAAUGUGCUCAUGCGGCAAAAGCAGGAGGAGGAGAAACAGAACGAGAUAAUGCGCCGAAAACAGGACGAAGUUGUCACACUGGAGAUGCAAAUCCGGCAGCGCUCCGAGCAGCAAAAGAAGGCCGGCGUCGAACUGGAUGCCACCUGUCACAUAUGCCUUAAGACCAAGUUUGCCGAUGGCGUUGGCCACAUUUGCCACUACUGCAACAUACGCUGCUGUGCCCGCUGCGGUGGCAAAGUGACGCUGCGCAGCAACAAGGUGAUCUGGGUGUGCAUUCUAUGUCGCAAGAAGCAGGAGCUGCUCUCCAAGACUGGCCAGUGGAUCAACAAGACAGCGGUGCAACAAGAUGGUUUCAUCAGGCGCAUCGAGCCAGAUGGCAGCAGCGACAUCUCGCAGCAGGCCAUUGUGGAUCCGCACGACACAACAGACAAGCGGCCCAAGCUGGAGCGCACACGCAGCGCUGCCGAGAAAGAAAACCUGCCCAUGCAGCGGGCCGGCAGCAUGUUGCGGCGUCAAUACUCGCAGCAGGAGCAGCCCACGAAUCGUCGCCUCUCCGUCUCGGACAGCGGCAUGGACCCGAUGAGUCCCGGCCAGCAGCAACAGCGCCAACGCAUGCAGCCCAUGACUCCGCAGCAGGCGCAGCAAUACCAAAUGCAGCAGCAGCAGCAGGGCUACGGCCAGCAGCAUCCACAGAGAUCGGGUGCCUAUCCCGAAGAUGAUCCGCGUUACUAUCAGGGCGAACUGGACGGCCUUAUGCGACAACAUCCACAUCUGGCGCAUCCCAGCCAGCUGCAGCAACAGCAGGCACAUCAGCAACAUCAGCAACAACAACAGCAGCAGCAGCAGCAGCAACAGCAACAGCAGCAGCAGCAGCAACAGCAACAUCACAUGCCACAGCAGCAGCAGCGCUCGCAACCGCAGCAGCAUCCUCAGUAUAAUGCACGGCAGCAACACCCACAGCAGCAACAACAGCAACAGCAGCAGCAGCAACAACAACAACAGCAGCAGCAGUCGUAUCAGGGGAUCGCGACGCACGCCCAAAUCCAUCAGCAGCCAUCGCAGCUGGGCGGUGGCUACCAGAAGCCGCCACCACUGACCCGUAAUCUGACGAUCAGCGGUGGCCAUGCCAUGGACGCCACCUCCUACAACCAGCAGCAACAGCAGCAGCAUCAGCAGCAACAGCGCAGAGCCCUGGCUGGGGCACAGUACGCAUCGCAGCAGCAGCGCUCGUUCAGCAGCUCCGAGGAGGAGUUCCAGAAUCAUUUGAUGGCCGCAGAGGCGCAGGUGCAGGGGCACACGCCGAAUGCUGGCAGCGAUUAUGACGGCGGGCGUCUACAGGUGCGCACGGAUCCCUGGCGCCAGCAGCGCAGCCUCAACGAGCGCGAUCUACUCACAGUCGGCGGCUCGUACAGUUCGAGUGACUCUCGGCUGCUGGGACACACGAAUCAGCGACUGUACGCAUCGGCGGAUCAGCGAGAUCGUUACGAGCUGCAGCUGCAGCAUCGCGAGCGACUGGAACAGUAUCCGCUGACGAGGACAGCGCGCCUGGACGUGCAGCAGCGCAACUCGCUCAAUCGCAGCAAUCACGAGCGAGCGCCUGGAGCUGGCGGAGCUGUUGUCGGACCUGGUGCUGCUUCUGGUGUCGGUGUUGGUAUCGGUAUCGGUGUCGGUGGUGGCGCCUUCCGUCGUGCUCCGCCCUUGUCUGCGGCCAACGGCUACCAAGGCAGCAGCAGCAGCAGCACCAGCAGCAGCUACUAUCCGCAGAGCCACAGCAAGCCGCAGAUUGUAAUCGGCGCGGGCGCAGGCACGGGCACUCCCUAUGAACGUGGCGCCAUGUCGGCCACAGCUGACGGCGCCAGGGGCAACCUGAGCCGGGAGCGCGGCCUGCUUAGCGCUGGCGGUGGCGGCGGCAGCAGCUCCCUCAGCUCCACAGAAGCCGCCUACUGGGAUGAGCCGGCUGGCAGCACAUCCUCAUCAUCAGCGGCGCAGGACUCGCGCCGUUUCACCGAGCGCAGAAUAAAGAAAACUGUGCGCUUCGAUGCGCACGACGAUGAGUCACUUCUGGGGCCGGCUGGCACCGGCACAGCCACUGGCGGUACGGGCACACUGCCACCGGUGACCACUAUACUGCCCUCUACGGCCGUGGAUGUGGGCGCGGCCACGCUGCUGACAAGCGCAAAGCUGGCCCAGCCACUGGACGGCGACUGGUCGCGCUGGGAUGCCGAGCGUCAGGGUAGCCAGGACUCGGCCACCAAAGACUCGGGCAUUGAUACGAGCAGCACAUUCACUAGCAGCGAGGAUUCGAACCGCGGCGAAGGCCCCAAGAAUCCGGUGAAUUGGCACACAUCCGCGGAUAAUACUCGCAUGAUUGGUCACAUGAUAUUACGUAAAUACUAUGAUGGGGAAGAUAUAUUAGGCUUAAAGGUGAACGGCGGUCAGCCCAUCGGCAUUGGAGGCCCAUGCGGCGCCAUUGUGGAGAAGGUGAAACGGGGUUCGGUGGCCGAUCUCGAAGGCUGCAUACGACCAGGCGACGAGAUCAUCGAAUGGAACAGGCGCAGCCUGCACAAUAGGAGUGCGGAUGAGGUCUAUGAUAUCAUCGACGACAGUCGACUGGAUGCACAAGUGGAAUUGGUUGUCUGCCGGCCAUUGCUGCUGCCCACUGGCGCCAGCAGCGUCGACAGCGGCGGCAGCAGCAACGUCAGCCCCAGCAGCGCCUGCUCCGGCUCUGGCAGCAGCAUCACGCGUCGCUCCUCGGCCAACUUUCCGCACAGCGGUCUGGCUAGUAGCAUGGCUGGCAGUGCGGUCGUCAGCAGCGGCGGGCGUUACAUACAGCGUAAAGCACCCGGCAUUGAGGCGCUCGAACUACAUCGCGAGAAACCGAGCGUUCUGAUCACAUCGCCCGGCUCACCGGAUCUGCUGAUAAGUGGUUCGGCCAACGGACUGCGGCACCGUGGCGCUAGCACUGGCAGCUCCGCGCAGCAGGCACAGCGUCUGGAGGCCAGUCACAGUCACAGCCACAGCAGCAGCGGCAGUGGCAGCAGCAGCACCAGCAGCGCCACCCUACAAGCCGCCGUCGCCGCCGCCGCCGCCGCCGCCGCCUCGGGCGGCCAGCACAGCACAACGACGGCAGGCCACCACCAUCAUUGCUAUCCGGCAGCGGCAUCACCGCCAUCGCACGCUCACGCGCAUCCGCAUUCAUAUUCCCACCCGCACAACCACUCGCAUGUGCCGCAUUAUGGCAUGGGCGUAACCACACAGCCCAUACCCGUCGAGGGGCGGCUGCAGCUAAAGCUGGGCUACGAUCAGAAUACGUUGCAGUUGAUCGUGACGCUGGUAUGCGCUACGGGUCUGUCGCUGCGUCAGAGCGGCGCCGGGCGCAAUCCCUAUGCAAAGGUGUUCCUUCUGCCCGAUCGCAGCCAAAAAUCAAAAAGACGAACCAAAACCGUCGGCACCACCUGCGAACCACGUUGGGGUCAGACGUUUCUAUACUCGGGUCUGCGACGUUGCGAUCUUAAUGGUCGACUGCUCGAGAUCACGCUCUGGGACUAUGUGCGCUAUGGCGCCAACGACUUCAUCGGCGAGGUGGUCAUUGAUCUGGCCCAUCACAUACUCGACGACGAGGCCGAAUGGUAUCAGCUGCAGCCGCAUCAGGACAACUCCCAUCUCUUACGUGACGAGGGCAGCGAUGUGGACGGCCUGAUACUGACACCCACAGAUCAUUUAUCACCGCCCAGCACGAUGUCGCGUCUGAGCGAUUCGGACACAACGUCCGAAUGCGACAUCGAUGGAACGACGCCCGGCGCCAGCAUAUCAUCUAUGGGCAGUUCCACCAGCCCGCCACUGCUCGAGCUCGAUCUAAACGAGCGUCGCUCCAGACGUGACAUGUCACCCCAGGGCCGCAAACGGGUGGCCGGCAUGGUGGCCCGAGAUUAUCGCACAGUAUCUGGCAUUGGACAAAGUUAUCAUAAUCAGGCAUCUGCUACGGGCUAUUAUCGACGCGGCGUUGGUAAUGGUAUCGGUGCCGCCAUUGGACCAGGUGGCAUGAGCCUGAGCCAGCGCAGCCACUCGGCAGCUCCCAGUGACAACUACCAUAGUGUAGGAGGCAGCGGCGGCGGUGUACACCAAGGACAUCCCGGCUCAGGCUACGGCUACAGAAGCAACAGUCCAAGGCGAGGAUCGUUGUCGCCGCCAGACGACCGUUAUAUUGACUAUCCAGUGCUUCCAAUUCACGGUUCACCCAACGCCGCAGCGUACGUCGGCGGCGGCAGCGCAGCUGCGGCGGCACAGGCGACUCAGCAGCAUCGUUUUCAGUCCCGCUCCGCGACUGCCACGCCCACUGGUUCGCCCAAGAAGCGGCAACUGCCACAGGUGCCGCAGACCUCUCGCAGCGCCAUGUUGCGCGAUCGACUGGGUCAGGACUUUGACGAGCGUUUGGCCUCGGGCAGCCGCUUUGGUCGACAUCGCACACGACAGCCACACCAUCAGGCUACGUAUCGUAGCACCGGCAUGGGUGGCUGGGAGCGUCACUACACAGGACUGUCCGACAGUGAUCUGCAAUCGAUGGAUACGCGUACGCGGCCACGGCACUCGUUGUCGCCGGACAAGGACUUUAUGGCCGAGUUCGGUGACUCGGAUAUGGAGUCGGUAGUCAGUGUGACGUCAAGUGCUUUUUCCACGCAGUCGGAGCGACCGCGCACCUCACGCGGACUCAGCUUUUCACGCAACUGGCGCAAUCUUUUCGGCGCCCAAAAUAGCUUACUAAGCGGCGCCGUGGGCGGCCCUGUUACUGGUCUAAAGCUCUACCCCGUUGAGCACCACCGCGCCAACACGAUCGAGGUGGAUGACUGCGACUAUCUGUCUAGCGGCGGCACUCAGCAGCUAUUGCUGCUGGAGCAGUUGGAGCAGCUGCAGCAGUUGGCGGCUCUGGCCGCCGCCGAUUCGCCGCCGAAUACCGCCCUGCUGGGGCUCAGUGGUGCAGCACCAAUUACAGCAACCACAACACUGCCAAUGCCCACUCAGCAUGUGCUUGUGACGGACACUAAUAGCGGGGAACUGGUCGAACAGUUUUUCGUGGAGCCAGCCCUGGUGGCGGAGGAGACGUCUCCGCUUGAACCACACGAACCACAUUUCCAUUCGCAUUGUGACUACUAUUCGCCUCAUUUGCCCAACACAUUCAUUCCGCCGCCUGGCAUUGCCAACAUUUACCAACGACGCCACAACGGACGCCAGCUCGCCCCCGCCACCGCCACCGCAACCACUCAUGCGAACGCCCACAGCCACGCCUAUGCGCUGCCGCUGCCGCUGCCCAGCUUUGAGCAAUUCAAGCGCUAUACCACGCCCGUCAUGAAUCUCUUUCGCAGCUCCACAACUGCGGCGCCCGCCCACGACCAUGCCCAUGCACACACAGUGUCCUCGUCGCCCAGCUCCUAUGUGGGCUAUGUGCGCGAUCAUCUGGACAAUAGCUGCAGCCACUGCCAGAAUGGCAGCCAGCCCGUGGUGCUAUCCACGAACACCGCCCUGGCGACGCCCGGACUGGCCAUUGGCGCCUGUGCCGAUCCCUGCUGUCUGGUCGAUGCGCAUCCCCAUCCGCAGCACCAGCCCAUUACGUAUCCCUAUAGCGCCGAGCAGCUGCUGCGCCGUCCCUCCCUCUCCAUGUACCAGCCGAGCAGCUCGGAACCCUCGCUGCCCACCAUGGAUCCGGCCAUGUGCGGUGAAUGCGUUGACCAGCAUUUUCUGGGCGGCCUAACCGGGCCGCAGCUCAAUCUGGGCAUUGUUCCAACCUAUCAUGUGCAUACGCCCACUCCGACGGCUCAUCGGCGCGCCAAGUCGCAGCUAGCGCCGCAUCCCCCGCUACCCACACAAUCCGUGCUGCGGCUAUCGCGCCAGCUCAGUGAGGAUGCGCUGGUCGCAGCUGUGCCUAUAGCAGAAGCCACUGCCCGGGCUCAGCCCACGUCGAUUCUGAAGAAACCCAAACUGGAGCGACGCCGCAUGUUCCACGAGGGUCAGUCGCGUUCCUUGGACUAUGACGAUCUGCAUACGAAGAGCUGGGGUCGGCGACGCAUACGUUAUGAGGAUGAGGUAGCACCGCAUGAGAUACUGACCUAUCCAAGCGAAGGACAGUUGCCCAGUUCACGUCGCUACGGCUCCGAGACGAACAUACGCCAGUCGUAUAUGGGCGCCAAUGUGGACGCUGCCAAUCCGCUGAGUCACUCGCAUUUUCUGGUCACCGACGACAAGAUCGUGACCAUUACCUACGACUCGGAUGUGGGCUGGGCGCGUCGAGGCGUAGCACCCUCGCUCUUUCGGGGCCCGCAUCGUCGGGGCCCCGAUGCACGCAAUCACAUGUCCCUCGAUCUGCAGCGCACCAGCCAGCAGAAGCUAUACGGUCCGGCGGCGCCCUAUAUGAAGCGGCGGCGCAAUCUUCCGCAUCCACCCAGUGCGCAAAAUGCGCACAACUUUUCGCCCAUGGAGGCAGGUGCUGGUGUCGGGAAUGAGAACGGUAUCGGUGUCGGGGGAGGGGCACAGAACAGUACAUACAACCACAAUCAGAACAGUAGCCACAACACCAACCACAAUAGCCAAGCAGCGAGUAGUGUUAGUGUUAGUCAAAGUCACAACAACAACAACUACAACCAACAACAACAACAAUCAGCUAGGCAAAAAGGGAAAGAAGGCAUCGCCAUGAACGGAUUGAUGGCAUCGGCAUCGGAGCAACUGACGAAAUCUAGUAGUGGGAGCGGUGGUGCAACAACUGCCGCAGCUGCCGCUGCUGGUAAUAUCGUCUGCGAUGGUAAUAAUGCUAAUAAUGCUUCUUCUUCCUCUUUUGCAAAUCCCCCACAACAACAUCAUGGUGUCGCUAAUCAACCAAUAACAACAACAAAUGCAUCACCCAAUAAACGUGCCCCAUCAUCAAUACACAACACCACAACAACAAACGACGCCAACAACUUGACCCAUGACGCAACAUCAACAAAUCCCACACAACAACUACAACUACAACAACAACAAACACCAAAUACAUGCACAAAUCUCAUCACAAAUACAACAACAACAAACACAUCUUCGAAUGCAACGAAUGCUGCGGCAACAACGACAACAACAACAAUAACGUUAACAACGGCAACGACUGCUACAACAACUGCCACAAAUACAACAACAAAAACAACAACAAAUACAAAUAACACGAAUGAACCAAACGCAACAACAACAACCGCCAAUACCAAUCCGGAUGCGGACGUGGAUGCGGAUGCUCCGCUCGAUGUUAUCGACUGGGAUGCAAUUGAUGCAAUGCUUGACGAUGACUUCAGCGAAUACGACAAAGAGAAGAACGGCAUCAAUGAGCCCGGCGGCGCCAAAUCAGUCGAAGGUGGUGCCGAAGCUGAGGAGAAAGUCGAUGGCAGCCUGUCAGACACCACAACGGAUCGAAAGAAAUGUGGCACCGUGGAUCAGGAACGGUCGCCCAAGGGUGGCAGCGGGAUGGGUAAAAAAUCGAACUCCACCUCGCAGCUAUCGGCAACAGGUCGUAAAAGACGUAUGGGCUUUGGAAAGAAGGGUAAGAACUCGUUCACGGUGCAUCGCAGCGAAGAGGUGCUGCCUGGUGAUAUUACGCGCGAGAUGCGCUCUGUCGGAGGUGCCGGUGUCGGUGGCCUCUCCCGUGGCUCGUCCUCGGAGGCGGACCCCGUUGAACAGUUUUUCGGCGAUGGCGCUGGUGGGGAAAGAUUUUCGCCUUCACUUCGUAAUGACGGGGCGCUCAAUGAGUUUGUGGAUGGCCUGGGACCCGGUCAAUUGGUGGGUCGUCAGGUGCUAGGCGCGCCCUCAUUGGGAGAUAUACAGUUAUCGCUGUGCCAUCAGAAGGGAUUCCUCGAGGUGGAGGUCAUACGUGCCAGGGGCCUGCAGCAAAAGCCCUCGUCGAAAAUGCUGCCCGCGCCCUAUGUGAAGGUGUAUCUGGUGUCGGGCAAGCGUUGCAUUGACAAGAUGAAAACCUCGACGGCGCGACGAACUCUGGAUCCGCUCUAUCAGCAGCAAUUGGUUUUCAAGCAGUCGUACACUGGUUGCGUAUUGCAGGUGACCGUUUGGGGUGACUAUGGACGCAUUGAAAAGAAAGUGUUUAUGGGCGUAGCACAGAUAAUGCUUGACGAUCUGAAUCUAUCGAAUAUCGUUAUUGGAUGGUACAAACUCUUUGGCACCACCUCACUGGGUCGUCCGAUUGUUUGGGCCGGUGAAUCAAUAAUGGAGGAGCAGGGUGAAUAACACUUUCCAGCUACAGUGAAAACACUUUAAAGCACCAAGCACAAACAAAUUUCCAAACUUGCAAACGAACUGAAUUUAACCCUUGCAGAGAGCUGCCAGCCAGGCAGCCAAAUAGCAAAGGACCAAGGUCAGCCGGCGGGCACUGCUCAGCUUUGUUGGUAGCGGGAGUCUCUGGAGGAGCUACUGGAACCACCAAAUACCCGAUCGGCAUGUCGCUGGCCUAAUCUAUGUCCAAUAUGUAUGUAAAUUAAUUUAUUUUUGUUGUAUUCUAUGACCGAGAGAUUUCCAUAAAAGUAUAAGGAACUAGUUAAUUUUGUAAGUCAUGAAAACAAAUGCAUUUAAAACCAAACUUGGAACACAAGCAGAGCAGUAAAUGAUUUAACUUAACUAUAAAAUUCAAGAUACAAGCUACAUAAAAUUAUAAAUAAAUAUGAUUGAUGAUACUAUUUGACAUAAAAGAAAAGAAAACAAAAAAGAAGAAAACAAAAAUGGACGGAAAUUUGUAAAUUAAUGCAUAUUUGAAAGAAUUUUUAUUACACACUUAAGAUAUCUAU